UUUGCAUCAAGUGAAUCGACAAUCAAAAUCAUUGUAAUGCCGUGGUCGGAAGCGUUUUCCUGCGUUAUCGCGAUUUUGUGCCUCGUGGCGGUUGAUGCCUCCGAAUGGCAGCCUCGAAUCGUGGGAGGUUCGAAUGCAACUGGUAAUGUUUGUCCCCAUGCCGUUGCCAUCCGGCUGGUUGGUAAAGACUUCCUGUGCAACGGUGCGCUGAUCAGCAAUCAGGAUAUCCUAACGGCGGCUCAGUGCGUUUAUAACGGAAACGUGGUUCGAAAUGCUUCCGAGUUCCAGCUAGUACUGGGCAGUCUGGCUAAUACUAAUAGUUCUGGUGCGAUGGUUCGCAGUGUGACAGCGGUAUGGCCACAUCCGCAAUAUUCGCCGAGUGUUCGACUCAACGACGUGGCCGUACUUCGGUUGAGCGCAACGGUGCAGAAUUCGGCCUCCCUGGCUCCGAUACAGUUGGCCACGGCGGAUACGGUUGUCAACCGUACCUGUACAAUGUGCGGUUGGGGUUCGAAUACUACGGUUUCGAGACCGUCGGCAACGCUGCAGAGACUGGAUGUCCGGAUUCAACCGAGCAAUGCAACGUACUGCACACGAGCCAAUGGGAAUGUGACGUUGCGUGGGGAUUUGAUAUGUGCCGGGGAUCUAGCGGUAGGUAAAGGAGCAUGCACCGGGGAUCAGGGUGCUCCACUAGUGUGCGAUGCGAGACUACAAGGUAUACUGACGGUCGUAGCUGUGGGCAGUUGUGGUGGGUUGAACGAAACUUCGAUCUUUAUCGAUACGGUGUACCAUAGGAGCUGGAUUACCAAUAGGACUCAGUCACAGGUGGUUCCACCUGGAGGAGGAACUGGUGGGGGCGGAGGUACUGGUGGGGGCGGAGGUGGAGGCGGUGGUGGUGGCGGUGGCGGUGCCUCGCACGCAAUAGUCCAGAUUUGGGUGGUGAUGAUGCCGAUUGUGGUUUUGUUUGCGUUGAAGUAA